CCAAUUUCGAGGUAAUACAAGUCGUUACUAGGCUUUCAUGAAGGCUUUUAACUGUUUAUUAGUCGAUGAUGCAGAAGUUACAUACUUGUACUCAAGGAGUUUAAAUGGUAACAUGCAAUGGUCUUGGUUUUUUGCAUAACAGCCCUUGAUUUUCUGGUUUUAGUGACAUUUUAUGUAACGUUUUGAAGCAUAGAUUUCACAAGAACACUUUGAAAUGGAUCCUAUGUACUUAGGUCUGUCAAGAUACUACAACCGCGAUUUCCAAGGUUGUAGUGAAAUUUGUACAGAACUGCUCAAAGUUAAGCCAAACAAUGAAGUGAGUAUAAAAUAAAUUUAUCUGCUUUUCUUAUGUUGGCAUGUUGGCUUUUGAAUAUGAAAGCGGUUACAGAGGAUCUGUUUGCGGAUGAUGAGAUAUAUUCCGAAAUCAACCUGUCAGAUUUCGCAUUCUGUGAACAAAUUGCAAGCAACGUUGAAACUUCUUAUUUUUCAUCAAAAAAUUCUAGACAACCUACAAGCGGUUUAACCCAGGCUGUUCGUCCACAAAAAAUAACUAAUCGACCACUAACGGGCGUUUAUAAUUUAGAAUGUAUUGAAAAAUCUGAAGGUUCAAUUGCAGGAAUUGUUAGUGGGAUAUCAAGACCCAUAACUACCUAUUACAAAAGAGGUCAAAGAAAAGGAACUGUGAGUAUUUUGUUUCCCGUAUUCUUAUGCUCCAAUCAUAUAUCUUUCAAAUAUUUUACCCAAAUCAUUUCUCAUUUUAGGUGAGUAUAACAGUGUUAAAUGUACUGUACUGUCUAAAUGUUUAAAGUCACACCAAUCUGAAAUAUAGGCACUAUGUUAACAGAUUCUGAUCUGUGGUGUGAAUUUUUUUCUGGAAGUGCAAACUCAAACCAUAAAUCUUGUUUGAAGUCAAAUAGCUCAAAGAAUAAUGAACCUCUUCACGUGACGCGUUUGGAUCUAGAGAAAUAUGCUCAACACUCAGAAAUUGCUUGUUCAGUAUUCGAAUAUUUAUUCUACAUUGCGAAAGAAUAUCGUGAAGCACUCAAUUUAGUCAACGUAGUGUGUAAUAAUACUACUAAUAAUACCAGUAAGAGUCAUCAACAAAUAAUCAGCGAGUACUUAUCGGUUAAUGGUAAUUCCGAACGAAAGUUGAACUUUAUGAGUCAGUUAUCCCGUAAUGAGCCUGCUGACAUAAAUUGGUGGUGGUUGCUGCAAAAAGCACGUUGUUUAUACUGUCUUGGACUUACACGAGAGGCUGAACAUCCCAUCAAGUUGUCACUGGAAUUAAAUCCAACCGUUGAAUCUUUCACACUUUUCGCCUUUAUUGCAUUACGAUUUGACCAACCAGCUCGUGCACUUGGUAUAUACGAUGAAGGCCUACAGAAAUUCCCAUGUGAUACCGAUCUUUUAACUGGUAAAGCACGAAUUUAUCAGAAAUUGAACGAUAUCUCACAGUCUGUCGCUGUGUACAAAACAAUAUCAGAAAUAGAUAACAUGAAUAUUGAAAGCUUGGCUUCGAUUGCUAUGUACUAUUUUUACGAAGAUCAACCAGAAAUUUCAUUGAAGUAUUAUCGGCGUAUUUUGCAGUACGGUUAUGAGUCAACAGAAUUAUACAAUAAUCUGGGACUAUGUACGUAUUAUACCCAGCAAUAUGAUAUAUGUCUAUCAUUUUUCAAUCAAGCGAUUGCACUAAGUGAUGCCACCAACUUUGCAGAUGUUUAUUACAAUCUAAGUCAUAUCGCAAUUAAUGUUGGGGAUCUACAGAUGGCACAUCAAUGUCUAUAUAUUUCCAUUGUGAAUGAUAGCAAUAAUGCAGAAGCUUAUAAUAAUUUGGGAGUGUUAGAGCAGAAACUUGGGAAUAUCGAUAUGGCCAAAGAAUUGUACAAAACAUCAUGCCGACUAACCCCUUGUCUGUUCGAACCAUAUCAUAACUUGGCUUUUCUAACAGAAACUAUUGGUGAAUUACACACAGCGUUUGACCUAGCCAAACGUUCACUAAGUUUAUUUCCAAAUCACGGUGACUUACAAAAUCUUCUCUUUCGUUUGAAGGAAUACUUUACUUCCACAUAAGGUAUAUAAGAAAUAAUGAGCAUGACUUCUAAUCACUUCGUAAAACUUCUAUUUACGCAAACUGUUUAACAUGUUAACACUAUGACACAAAUGAAUAUGAAAGUGUCAUGUAAAUAUAUUACUCUUUAUGAAGCGUAAUUUGUUAUGUAUUCCAAAGAACAAAAAUAAAAAUGUCUCUGUAUAUAAAAAUUUAGGUUUAUGCAUAAGUUUGGUGCCUUACUAGGUGCAUUUUGUUAUGGUUUUCAUUUACAUUGCUGCAUUUAAUUUCAAAUAUAUCAAUCAAA